AUGACCGGACCCGCGACCUAUGCCUCCCCCGUUUUGACCAGGGAGCGGCCAACCCUGAAUCUCCCUCGCGAUAUUGCUGGUCUCCGAGCCGAAUGCAAGCGACGCAAGAUCGAAGCGACAGGUUCUCAGCAAGACCUCAUGUCCCGGCUCAACGCCCACGAACUCGCCAACUCGCGAGCCUUCAGCACAGCCGUCGAGCAAGCCAAGCGACCCUCCGCAGAAUCGAAGGAUGCUCCAACCCCAACCCGCCAUUUCAACACCAGCCGUACCUUGAAAGCCGUCAAGGACACCUCAACAAUUGACUUCGCCUACUUCCCACACGUCGACCCAGACACCCCACUCGACGACUACAGCCAAAUGCGCGUCCCAAUAAUCCCAACCAACUACACUCCCAACAGGACAGGAGCACAUGCUCCAGAACAAGAAACCAUCGUCGUCUUCAAACCCCAAAUCAACACCAUGUCAGCCGACGCCGUCUACCUCCCCAUGGCCGCCGACCUCCGCGACAACGACAACGACACCGUCAACAUCGACUUCCACGCCAUGGCCGACAAAGUCGCGAAUAACAUCCGACGGAUGAAGGUGCCCGUGGAAGAGCAGGCGGGGAUGAUGAAGCAGUUGUGGAACGAGAUGGUGGAUGAUAUGCUCGGGGCGUCGCAGAAGAAGGCGUCGACUUCUUAA